AUGCUCGGGAACGUCAGUGCCGGGGCGAUGGGUGGUGAAGGCAGAUGGGUCACUCAGACGGGCAGUGUGUGGCCGUGUGGGUGGGUGUGGAAUGCAGGAUUGGCCGGAUACCAGUGCACAGCCCGUGAUUGGGCCUUCUACCCGUGCACCCCCCCUGAAAUCCCCCCAUCGGAGUGGAUAGGCGCGCUACACGAGAGGGGCAUUCGGGAGAUCAGCAUCGUGGGGGACAGCCACCAGCGGUUUCUAGCGGCGCACCUGGCCUUCCUGCUCACGGCACAGGCGGACGGCAAAGUGAUCCAUUGGCAAGACGACCUGGUGUUAUACGCGCGUGAUGACAGCAGCAACCGCACGCUCAGGAUCAACUUUUACUGGAUUGAUGGGAUCUACAAGAAUGGAGAAUUCGGCUGCACCCAUCGGGGCCAGACCACCAACCGAUCGGAGGCCUUCCCCGAAAUCUCCCCCACUGCUGACGUCACGCUCUUUGAGGGAGGCUACUGGGCAGCUUCCUUCUGCCGCCAGCCCCUCAAGGCGCUCCGAGUGCACCUCGAGGAGUUUGCUCGCUGGGCGCUUGCCGCCGCGCCCGCUAAAUGCAGGGUUAUUUUCCGAACUAUCCCGUCGUUUCCGGUGGCGGGGGACCGGUCCGAAUCUCCUGAGCUGGCAGUGUUGCCCGCGGGGGCAGCAACAGUGCUGGACACGUGGCAGGUGGACGGGCCUCGGUAUGCCGACACAGCAGUGCCCCACGAUCAUCAUUACUCCGUGGUGAAGCUCACAGACCAAGGUGCAGUGGUGACGGGGGACGUGGGGGAGGCGCAAGUGCGCGCCUUCAUUCACUACUUGCUUCAUGUGCUGCCCCCACCCACACCACGAUAG